AUGGCGUCCUCUGGCGUCUUCAGCUUGUCAGACUUGCAGUGGUCGCUUUCGAAUGCCAACGGCUCGAUCGUCGUUCCGGGGUCGCUCCCUUCCCAAGUGCAUCUUGACCUGGAACGGGCCGGAGUCAUAACCGAACCGCUCCUUGGAAUCAACGGUGCGGUUGCCAUCUUCACCCAUGCCAAGACAACGAACUCACCUUCCGAUGUAGAUUUUACACAGAGAUGGAUUGUUUAUGAUAACUGGACUUACACUGCGGAUAUAUCUCCUUUCCUCAAUUUUCAGUUUAAUUCGACAUCUGAUGCUACGCUGCUUGUGUUCUAUGGCAUCGAUACUGUGGCGAACAUCACCCUAGCAGAGCAGCCUGUGGCUUGGGUUGCCAACGAGUUCCAGCAAUACGUAUUCAACGUGACAGACAUCCUGUCAACGACCAAUACCAGUCUGAACACAAACCUCACGCUUGCUUUCGAGUCCGCAUACUUGUACGGAUUGAAUGCAUCUGGCCCUGCACCGGAUACUCAGACGUGGGCUGAUGCCGAGUUUCCGUGGGCUAGGAUCUGGGUGCGCAAGAUACAAUCAGACUUUGGAUGGGACUGGGGGCCCGCGUUCGUUCCGGCAGGCAUCCACAAACCGGCGUACUUCAUCAUGCUUCAGGCCGAGUCUGCUGGCAACCACUCCGACCCUCCCUCUCCAGUGCUCGUCUCAGAGACUUCCAUCGACAUAUAUAAGCAAGGCUUUGAGGUCGCCACACAGGAACCUGCUGAUGAGUCGACGGACUGGGUCGUAGAAGUAAAGCUUGGCGUGCACUCCGUCGUCACGGGAGACGCAACACUUACUCUGGCGAUACCUGAAAUGGAUAUCACGUCUGACGCGUUACCGUUGGGUUCGAUACCAUCACUGAGCGGCAGUAUUGCCAGCGCGCCCUUCUUCGUAUUCGCCAAUUGGACCAUAGCGGAUGACCUUCCGGAGCGCUGGUGGCCCCACAACCUCGGCAACCCCAAGCUGUACAACAUGACGCUUACAUUGAACGUUGGCGAUACUCCUCUGACUUUCAGCUCGACAGUCGGGUUCCGCACCAUCAGGCUCGCGCAAACGCGCUAUUCCGACGAGGAGACCACUGCUCGUGGUAUCACCCCGGGCGAUCAGUGGCACUUUGAAGUCAACGGCGUCCCGUUCUACUCGAAGGGCACCAACGUCAUACCGUUUGAUCCGUUCUACGCACGUGUCACGGACGAACAAGUCCGCUGGCUUGUCGAGAGCGCGGUACAGAGCGGCCAAAACAUGCUCCGAAUCUGGGGCGGUGGCACGUACCAGCCAAGCUCCACGAACUCUGCGAUCACACCGGUUUACCCACCUCAUACCACCGAGACCUACUCCUUCUACUCUUUCUGCGACGAGCUAGGCGUCCUUGCGUGGUCUGAGUUCAUCUUCUCUGAUGAUAUAUAUCAUCCCGAUGAUUGGAUGAUGUCCUCUAUCAAGACGGAAGUGCGGCAGAACGUUCGACGAGUCAACAAACAUCCCAGUGUCGCGGAGUGGGCGGGCAGUAACGAGAUCGAAGUCAUUAUGCUUUUCCUCAACCAAAGUGGGGACCCGAACUUCACCCAAUUAUUCCAGAACGAGCUCCGGAGUGUCACAUACGAAGAAACCAAGUCGGUUCCUUAUACUGAUUGCUCAACUACACAUGGCGUUCUCAGCAUCGAUCCUCUUGUCGUUCGCUGGAAUAAUGCUACGCCAGGAGAGAUCUACGGCAACAGCGAGGUAUACAUUUAUGAUGGCGCUCAAGCCUUCAACUACAGUGCAUUCCCAGUGUCGCGCUUCACGAACGAGUUCGGCUUCCAUUCUAUGUCGUCUUUCUACAGCUGGGGGCAAGUCCUUGAGUCUCCGGAUGACUUCGCGUUCAACUCUACCGUCGUCAUGUCCCGCGAUCACCACCCAUGGGCUGGCAACCUCACCUUCCCAAACCCCAACGCCCCUCAAGGCCAGGGCCAGAUGACUCGUGCUGUCGAGCUCUGGUUACCCACGCCCAACCUUGAUGAGAGGAACAGUACAUUCGCCGCCUGGACGUGGUCCACCCAGGUCUUCCAAGCUAUGGCUAUGGACGCCCAAAUCGCAUGGUAUCGGCGCGGCGCGGGUCUCGGCGAGAACAACUUGGGUGCGCUCGUUUGGCAACUCAACGAGAUCUGGCAGGGUGUGAGCUGGUCGAGCAUCGAGCACGACGGGCGGUGGAAAGUCUUGCAGUACACGUUGUCACGUGACUUCCAGCCUGUGGUCAUCAACGCCUUUUGGACACCCGAGAACGAGACGCUUCAGCUCAUGGUCACAUCUGAUCUUCAGAAGGAGGUGACUGGUACAGCGCAGUGGACGUGGUACGACUGGUCGGGCAAGGUUUUGUCGUUGUCGUCAGCAAACUUCACCGUCCCGACGCUCAACAACUCUGUGGUCUUCGAGGGUCAGGGACUCUCAAACAUCCUGCCAACGGGCGCCAACCUCGACAACGCUUGGUUGCUCAUGAACAUCACGGCCGACGUCGACAAUAGUCCGAUAGUGCAUGAGAGCUAUAUGACGUUGUCCUCGCUUGCCGAUGCACCUCUCGUCGACCCUCAGCUCAAGCUCACAGCAGGUUCGGAUGAAGGCCUCUCUUUCACUGUCUCGGCGCAAGGAGGUGUCGCGGCAUGGGCCUGGCUCGAACACCCAGCUGGUACCGUGGGCGUUUUUGUCGACACCGCUACCGGCUUACCCUCAAAUGCCUUCUAUGUGGUUCCCGGUGUAGACCGUAAUGUGACCUUUGUCGUGAAUAAGGCUUUGUCGAAGAACCAGACGCCGCUGCCCGAGGACUUCGUGAUCAGGUCAAUAUGGAAUAACACGCAUGCUUGA